CUCUUGCAAUUCCUUAAUCCUUAUGAGAACUUCUCUUUCUUCCAAAACCUAGUCUCUCUCAGCACUUAAUUUAUGGCAAAGCCAUUGACAUACCUCAUGAUAUCUUUCCCCCUUUUCCUUUCCUUAGCCAUUCCAUCAGGGGCUCAGGGUGAGAUACGGGGAUUGAAACGACAACGCCGGCUUCACGAUGUGAAGCUUUUUGUGUUUGGAGACUCUUAUGCUGAUACUGGGAAUUGUCCCAAGUCUUCGGCAAGCGCUUGGAAGGAACCGUAUGGGAUCACUUUCCCCGGCGAGCCGGCUGGCCGGUUCUCCAAUGGCCGCGUUCUAACUGAUUAUAUAGCUUCAUUUCUUGGAAUACCAUCUCCAUUGCCUUACCAAUUGAGAAAUUUUGGCAAGAAAUCAUUUGCCUUGGGUAUGAAUUUCGCAUACGGAGGGACAGGUGUCCUCAACACAUUGGUCAAAGAGCCAAACAUGACAAUCCAAAUCAAUUUAUUUCAACAACAACUAGAGGAAAAUGUGUACACCAAACAAGACCUGAACUCCUCCAUUGCUGUGGUGUCUGUUGGGGGCAAUGACUAUGCUACAUAUAUGGCAACUAAUGGCAGCCUACAGGGUUUCAAAGCCUUCACUGAAUCUGUGAUCAACCAGCUUGCCAUGAACAUAAAAAGGAUUCAUGGCUUGGGAGUGCGAAAGGUAGCCGUUACAACAAUGGAGCCCCUUGGGUGCUUGCCGGCAAUCGCUGCCUCAACUUCGUAUCAAAAUUGCAGCGAAACUGAGAAUUUGAUCACUAAAUUCCACAACAAAAUGUUGUUAAAGACCGUGCGAAAGGUGAACAAGGAAAGUGGCAAUGCGGCAUUUGGAAUCAUCGAUCUCCACCGUGCCUUCUUGUCUGCAUUGAAGAUACAAGGAAACCAUACAGGGAAUUCAUCGAAGUUUGAGGGACAUCCAUUGAAGCCGUGCUGCGUGGGCGUGGAGAGAGAAUAUUCAUGCGGGAGCAUAGACAAGAUGAGCGGGGCCAAGAAGUACUUAGUGUGUGAGAAACCCCAGCAAUCAUUUUUCUGGGACAUGAUACACCCUUCUCACCAAGGCUGGCAUGCAGUUUAUUCCGCCCUCAAACCUUCUCUCCGCCACCAACUCUACUAAUGCACACUGUGCCGGCCUUAGUAGUACUCCUACUGUCGUUGUUGCGGUGGACUAGUGCAUGUUUACGAAAAUUCUACAAGCACGUUUUGAGAUUUUAGCUUUUCAAAAAGCUAUUUUGAAUGUCAUCGAAAAUUAGUAAUCAACUUUUGAAAUUGAUCUUGGGAUUCCUAGAAAUUGAAAAAAGGUAUAAAUAUGGUUCUAGAGGAGCUAGAUUUAGAACGCUUUUCGAAGCAGAGUUUAGAUU